AUUCUCUUUGUCUUUAGCUUCUCAACAAAAUACCAAUGUUUGCUGCUCGUAACGUCUUUGCUACCAACACUUUGAAUACUCGUUCAAUCCUCAUUCGCACAUUUGCUUCCGCAGCCAAAAGUCCUAAUGACGUUAUUAUUGCUAGUGCUGUCAGAACGCCAGUCGGUUGCUUUAAUGGUUCCUUAAAAUCACUUCGAGCUGCUGAGUUGGGCGGUAUUGCAAUCAAGUCUGCCAUAGAAAAAGCAGGCAUACAGCCUAAAGAUGUGGAGGAAGCCUAUAUAGGUAAUGUUUUACAAGCCAAUCUAGGUCAAGCUCCUGCUCGUCAAGCUAUUUUAAACGCCGGUUGUCCGGAAUCCACUGAAGCAACAACGAUUAAUAAAGUCUGUGCGUCCGGUAUGAAAUCUGUCAUGUUGGCUGCCCAAGCCAUUCAAUUAGGGGAUCGUCACAUCAUGGUAGCAGGUGGUAUGGAAAGUAUGUCGAACGCGCCAUACUACGCUCCUCGCGGUGCUGCUUACGGUCAUCAGCAGCUAAAUGAUGCCAUUAUUAAAGACGGUCUUUGGGAUGUAUAUAAUCAGAUUCAUAUGGGUAGCUGUGCCGAAAACACUGCCAAAAAGUAUAAUAUCAGCCGAGAAGAACAAGAUGAACAUGCCAUCUCUUCCUAUACACGUGCUGCCGAAGCUUGGGAAAAAGGCGCCUUUCAAAAUGAGAUUGCUCCUGUAACACUCAAGAGCAAAAAAGGUGAAACUGUCAUCAAGGUUGACGAAGAAUAUAAAAACGUCAAAUUUGACAAGAUUAAAUCAUUACGCCCUGUAUUUCAAAAAGAGAAUGGUACAGUGACAGCUGCCAAUGCCAGUACUUUAAAUGACGGUGCAUCUGCGUUGGUAUUGAUGUCGCGUGAAAAAGCGGAAGCCAUGGGAGUGAAGCCUUUAGCUCGUAUUGUUUCGUUUGCAGAUGCAGCUACUGCUCCCAUUGACUUCACUAUCGCUCCUUCACUUGCGCUUCCCAUCGCUCUGAAGAAAGCUGGAUUGACAGUGGAGGAUAUCAGUAAAUUCGAAUUGAAUGAAGCCUUUAGCGUAGUGGCCCGUGUAAAUGAAAAGUUGAUGAAGCUUGAUCCUACUAAAGUGAAUGUGAACGGUGGCGCCGUAGCUCUUGGACAUCCUAUUGGCUCUUCUGGUUCGCGCAUUAUUGUUACAUUGACACAUUUAUUGAACCCAGGAGAGUUUGGUGCUGCUGCAGUUUGUAAUGGUGGAGGCGCUGCUUCUUCAAUCAUUAUUCAAAGAGAGUAACAAUGAAAUAAAUUACAGUUGCUUGACUUGCAUUAAUUAAAAUCCGUUCUUAGAAAGAGAG